AUGAUAGCCGAGACGGAUGAAGAAUCCGCAUACUCUAAGACCUUCACAUCCUGGGUGGGUGCAUUACCUGGCUGGAGCAUGCAUGAUGGCUCUGCAAAGCUGGCCGAAGAAGCAUGCUUAGUGAUUACACAGCUUAAAGCUGUUGGGGAGGUUCUGGAACGCUCGAUUCUCGGGAAUAUCUCCCACAUCAGAAGGGCGUCGACUAUGGAUUACUGGGCAUUCGCUGGCGAAGGGAAUGUGUGGUUUCCACUGGAACUGGGGAUUCUCUCUACUAGAAAAAGAGUAUUCUAUACUAGCGAUACUACGCCUAUCUAG